GCGUCCCGCGGCCAUGGCGGAGCUGGAGCUGGGGCAGCACUGCGGGGUGCCCGACUGCCGCCAGCUCGAUUUUCUCCCCUUUAUAUGUGAUGGCUGUUCAGGUGUCUUUUGCCUUCAGCACAGGAGCCGAGAUGCUCAUGGAUGUUCUGAGGUGAAUAUAAGAAACAAUUCUGUGAAACCUGAUCAGCACAGGUCUUAUCCGUGCUCCUACAAGGACUGCAAUGGAAAGGAGCUUUUGCCAGUUUUAUGUCCCUACUGUGGAAAACAUUUUUGUCUAAGACAUCGCCAUCAAUCAGACCAUGAAUGUGAAAAGCUGGACACGCCAAAACCUCGAAUGGCUGCUACCCAGCAGCUAGUUAAACAUAUUAUAGAUUCUAAAAAAAGUGAGGAAGCAAAAAGCAAAAAACGCAAAGGAGCAAAAAACAGUGAGACUGCAGCAAAAGUGGCAUUAAUGAAACUGAAAAUGCAUGCAUGUGGGGACAAGUCCUUGCCUCAGGCAGAAAGAAUUUACUUUCAAGUAUUUUUACCAAAGGGGAACAAAGAGAAAAGCAAACCUAUGUUCUUUUGCAGUAAGUGGAGUGUUGGCAAAGUAGUAGAUUUUGCAGCUUCCUUAGCAAGCCUUAAAAAUGACAACAACAAAUCAACAUCCCAGAAAUUGAGAUUAUGCCAUACUGUCUCUGGAGAAGCCUUGCCAUUUGAACAUACACUGGAAACGUGGCUGUCUGAUAAAGACUGUCCACUGUACAAUGGAGGAAAUAUAAUUCUGGAGUAUCUUGAUAAUGAUGUUCUAUUUAUAGAAGAUACAGAGUCAUACUUUAGUUAGUAAAUUAUCACCAAAAAAAAUAAGAUUUUUCAGAAGCAUUCUAUUUUAGCAAGUCCAGUUUUCUUUUAAAAUCACUGGUAUGCCAAAAUCUCUCCUCAGUUUUAAAGACACAGUUCCCAUCAAUUUCCAAGUUGCUUGACUGACAGAAGAUCAAAGUCCUGAAAGGAAAAUUAGUUAUUAUAAUAAUUAAUAUUACAGAUAUUUACAUUCUAGAAUAACUUCUUCCUCUAUUGAGCUGUAAAAUAUCAAGAAUGUGUUCUUCAUUUUUAUAUUUAUUUUUUAUAAAUGGUGGGGACAGUAUGUAUUAAUAAAUAAUGGAAAUGUAAACUUGCAGUGUACCAGUUCUUUGAAGGAAAGAAACACAUUACACUAUUGCAGCAUCUUUUCUAUGUCUACGAGAACAGAUUUCAUUGAGUUUGGAAACCAGGACUGUCC